UCAAAUACAAUGGCAGCCCCGCGGGGCAGGUCAAAAAAAAGAACAGCCACUUUUGAUCUUUCUCAGGAUAGCCUGCCUCUGAGGAGCUCCGGUAGACAGGCAAAGAAGAAAGCGACAGAGCCAGUAGAUGAGGAUGAAGAUGGCAUGUCAGAGAAGAAGUACAGAAAAUGUGAAAAGGCAGGCUGCACAGCAACGUGUCCUGUGUGCUUUGCAAGUGCUUCUGAAAGAUGUGCCAGAAAUGGCUAUACGUCACGAUGGUAUCACCUUUCCUGUGGGGAACAUUUCUGUAAUGAAUGCUUCGACCAUUACUACAGAAGCCAUAAAGAUGGAUAUGACAAAUAUACUACAUGGAAAAAAAUGUGGACCAGUAAUGGCAAGAUGGAACCUAGUCCCAAAGCAUUCAUGGCUGACCAGCAGCUCCCCUACUGGGUUCAGUGUACAAAACCUGAGUGUAGGAAGUGGAGGCAGCUCACUAAGGAGAUCCAGCUCACUCCACAAAUGACAAAGACUUACCGAUGUGGUCUGAAACCAAAUACUACUGCCAAGCCUGAGAACCUAGACCAUUGCUCCCUCCCUGAAGAUCUGAGAGUGUCAGAAGUCUCCAACACUUGGUGGUACUCCAUGCUCAUCCUGCCUCCUUUGCUGAAAGACAGUGUGGCAGCGCCUCUGCUCUCUGCCUACUACCCUGACUGUGUGGGCAUGAGCCCCUCCUGCACCAGUACAAACCGCACAGCCGCCACCACCACUACCUCCACCACCAACAGUGCCAGCCCAGCAACACUGGAACCCUCCAUGGUGGCUCCCUCUGCACUGGUUCCAGGCAUGAACCGGUACUUUCAGCCUUUCUACCAGCCGAAUGAGUGUGGCAAAGCCCUCUGUGUGAGGCCUGAUGUCAUGGAACUAGAUGAGCUCUAUGAGUUUCCAGAAUAUUCCCGAGACCCCACCAUGUACCUGGCUUUGAGAAACCUCAUCCUCGCCCUGUGGUAUACAAACUGCAAAGAAGCCCUUACUCCUCAGAAAUGUGUUCCUCACAUUAUCGUCCGGGGCCUCGUGCGCAUUCGAUGUGUUCAAGAAGUAGAGCGAAUCCUUUAUUUCAUGACGAGGAAAGGCCUUAUCAACACAGGAGUUCUCACCGUGGGAGUUGACCAGUAUCUUCUUCCUAAAGACUACCACAAUAAAUCAGUCAUCAUUAUUGGGGCUGGUCCAGCAGGAUUAGCAGCUGCUAGGCAACUGCAUAACUUCGGAAUUAAGGUGACUGUUCUUGAAGCCAAAGAUAGAAUUGGAGGUCGAGUCUGGGAUGACAAAUCUUUUAAAGGCAUCACGGUGGGAAGAGGACCCCAGAUUGUGAAUGGCUGUAUUAAUAACCCAAUAGCACUAAUGUGUGAGCAACUUGGCAUCAGCAUGCAUAAAUUGGGAGAGAAAUGUGACUUAAUUCAGGAAGGUGGAAGGAUAACGGACCCUACUAUUGACAAGCGCAUGGACUUUCAUUUUAAUGCUCUCUUGGAUGUUGUCUCUGAGUGGAGGAAGGAUAAGACUCUGCUCCAAGAUGUCCCUUUAGGAGCGAAGAUAGAGGAGAUCUUCAAGGCUUUUGUGAAAGAGUCGGGCAUACAGUUCAGUGAACUGGAAGGACAGGUGCUUCAGUUUCAUCUCAGUAAUCUGGAGUAUGCCUGUGGCAGCAACCUCCAUCAGGUGUCUGCUCGUUCCUGGGACCACAAUGAAUUCUUUGCCCAGUUUGCUGGUGACCACACUCUACUAACUCCUGGAUACUCUGUCAUAAUUGAAAAACUGGCUGAAGGACUAGACAUUCGGCUCAGAUCUCCAGUACAGAGCAUUGAUUAUACUGGAGAUGAAGUGCAGGUUGCCACGAUUGAUGGUACAGGAUAUUGUGCACAAAAGGUUUUAGUCACAGUGCCACUGGCUAUACUACAGAAAGGAGCCAUCCAGUUCAAUCCGCCAUUGUCAGAGAAGAAGAUGAAGGCCAUCAACAGCUUGGGUGCAGGCAUCAUUGAAAAGAUUGCUUUGCAGUUUCCAUACAGAUUUUGGGACAGUAAAGUUCAAGGGGCCGAUUUCUUUGGUCAUGUUCCUCCCAGUGCCAGUCAGCGAGGGCUCUUUGCUGUGUACUAUGACAUGGAUCCCGAGAAGCAGCAGAGCGUGCUAAUGUCGGUGAUCGCAGGGGAGGCUGUAGCAUCCCUCCGGACCCUGGAUGACAAGCAGGUGCUGAAGCAGUGCAUGGCCACCCUGCGGGAGCUGUUCAAAGAACAGGAAGUCCCAGAUCCCACAAAGUAUUUUGUCACUCGGUGGAGCACAGAGCCAUGGAUCCAGAUGGCUUACAGUUUUGUGAAGACAUUUGGAAGUGGUGAGGCCUACGACAUCAUAGCCGAGGAAAUACAAGGAACUAUCUUUUUUGCUGGCGAGGCAACAAAUAGGCAUUUCCCACAGACUGUUACUGGAGCAUAUUUGAGUGGUGUUCGAGAAGCAAGCAAGAUUGCAGCCUUUUAAAUAGAACUGGUCUGGACUCAGCUUCUGUGCCCCAAAUGGGAACAUGUGAAGUGCAGGUUAAACCUCUAUUUCCUAAGGUGGGGAAUGUUUCUCUGGAUAGCGAAGUUGUAAUGUUUCUAAGUGACAUGAUGAAAAUGUCCUCACUUUACUACUCUGAAAGCACUGAUUCUCCAAAUCCUUCUGAGCACUUAGGUUUAAUUGCAUUUUCUAUAGGUCCAACUAGUGCUAAAGUCUUCUGAAUUUUGGAAGGCAGAAUAUAACCUUGAGUUGAGACCUUGGAUUAGGAUUCUUCCGUUUGGAGAUGCCCUUCAGAUUUGACAUUUUGUUUAGCUGUUCAGUUUAAAUCAUUAGCAAGAUAAAGCCAUGUGUUUUUCCCUCUUUCACAGUUUAUCAGUGUCUUUACCAAUGAGCCUUACUACUUUUAUACAGCUCCAACAUCGAGCUUUUCUUAAAAUUUCACUAGAAUUUUCUUUUUGAUACAACUCUGAUGAAACUUCUAGACUACAUCAUAUUGUAUAUACUUCUUCCAAUUGGAUAUUCAAAGUAUCUUGUGGCAUUUUUAAAUCCUUAAAAUGGAAGCUUUCAUUUCAUUUGAGCAUGUGGUAUAAAAUGUGGCCAUCCUACUACAGGUAGAGCACAUAGCUGUUCUUAAAGCCACUUGUCUUAUACCAUACUAUAAUUUUGGCAACUACUAGCAAAGAAAACUUGAAUAAUUUAACAACCUUCCCCCUUGUUUAAGUAAAGGUUUGUUUCUAGGAAUACUAUUUGCAUAAUCAUGUCCAGUUCCUCCCAGGCAAGUCCACAGAACCAUCCUUGUAAGCAUUUUAUAAGCCAUAUGAGCCUGAGAACAUAGUAUUUACUUUUUCCUUAUUUAACAAAGAAAAUAUUGGUUUCAGGGUCUUCCAGAUGCCUACUUUGCCAAGAAACCUGUUUACAGACUUUAAUAAUUCUUUAACAAGGGGGCUAAGAUAACUUUAAAGCCACGUUUUCAAAAUGUUAAGGUAUUUUUGAAAUUUAGAAUUGCUUUUAAGCAUAAAAUCUUUAUUGAAUGCAUGUAUAGAAGUUUGAUUAUACUUCUCCCACCCCCAAUCACAGUAAAAUAGAAAGCCAGCCAAACAGCUGUGCAUUUCUGAGUUAGCAGUUAGAGCAUUGAUAGCUAAGUGGUUUAGACUCAUUGGUACUGAUUAGGAAGUGUUCUGUAUUAAAACGUUCAAAUAACACAUGUUUGAAAUGGUUCACAAUAAAUUAUUACUUGUUUUUGGGCACUUAAAUUUAAAUGUGAAGCCAUGCUUCAAGUAGGAGAAAACCCAAUAAAGGUGUAUUUAAUUUU